AUGGUGAGUAAAAAAAAGGCAACAUCUCUGCUUGACUGACCAUCUCUCCUCAACGGAGGACAACAUUAAUUUGUUAAUAUCUGUUUUUCUCUCUUGUCAUUCUUUAUAGUGGUGGCGUACUGAUUUUAUCUCAUGGGAUAAAAGUAAUUUCUGCGGUAUUGGAUAUGUUUCUGUCCCAAGUGAACUUUUAUGGAAGCCCGAUAUCAUCAUCGAAGAGAUGUAAGUUUGACUUUGACUGCAUGUUCCUACAUUCGCAUCUCCUUCACUUUGAAAUUUAGAUAUAACAGUAGUACAGAGAGCUGGGCGUUAUCUUGUUUUUGUAUUUAUCACCUGUCCUUUUGUGUUAAAUACUUGAGUCUGAUUGGUCAAAGCAUCUUGUAAAGGUAAAUGAAAUAAAGUGCUGCUUUUCUUACAGGAUGGAGAGAGACCGGGCCAAUCAGAGUCCUUACCUCAACAUUGCUAAUGACGGCACUGUAGUUUACAGAAAUGGUAUGGUACUGGUUAGCACCUGCAGGAUGCAGUUUUACAGGUUUCCUCUGGACACUCAGGUGUGUCACCUCACCUUUAAGUCAAUCACACAUUUUGGUGAGUAUCAGUGAAUUUGAAUGCAGCUUUGUUCUCAAUCAAACAGGCUAAAGUGGGUUUUUUUUCAUAUCUCCAAUCUCAGCUCAGGAUUUAAAGAUUUUUCACCUUAAUCGUGACAAUGACACAACGCAUGAUGGGAUGCAUGCUGAAACCGAGUGGGGUGUGACGAGCAUAACAUUUGAAAGCAAAAAUAUCAGGCCUUUUCACUUUGACUUGAGCGUGCUCAUUUGCACAGUAAGUACCACCUGACCUCUGGGGGGCAGUAUUGUUAUCUUGAGUCAGUGUUUUUAACUCAUUCAGUGCCAUUGGAAGAUUUUGAUGAAUUUUUUCAGCUUUUUUUUUUCCGCCAGAGGGCGCUUCUCCUAGACAUGCAACCAAGUUUGUGGUCAUUCUGAACGCAGAAAAGCCGAUAAAUACAUCAUAACCAUGUUACAAUAACAAAAACAAGUACUCGCCAGUGAGAAGUGUGCCAUCAAGUGUGUCCAUUAGCCGAGUUGUGGAGUGUUUUUUCCCUAUAAGGAGAGUAGGAAAAUGCUAAGUCAUUAGUCAAGAGCUUACAGUCAAGACUCCAGUGGGUGUGGUACUUUAGUCUCUGGAUCCAUUGGAGAUCCCGGUCGCGGACCUUCACAUCAUCAGCAGACAAUCAAAGAAUCAAAUUUCUAGUGUGUCGUUGUGCCACCGGUACUGGUGAGUGAGACUGAGCUGGAAUUCAGCGACAGUCCUGGCAAAGAGGACGCGAGCAGUUUGUGUGGUUUACGUCGCAGUGUCAGGUUCUUGAGAGCCAAUGCGACUACCAGCUGUCACAAAGUGACCUAUCACAAUCCGAUCUCAAGAGUGAUGAGGAGAGGUGUCUGAGGAGGGAGGACCUUGAUGCCACUGGUAAAGUAGUUUGAAGUGAACUGAAAUAGACGAUCAGAGUUCUGCUUUAAAGUCUCUCCUUCCUAAAAAUGUGUUUUUCUCAGGUUUAUUUUCCAGCUCUGCAAAGAUGAAAUGACCACGCUGCAUUGAACAGGCAAUAACUAAACACAGUAGUGGGUUAGAGACUAACUUUAUUUCCUGGUGAAAGAAGAGAAUCAUCCCUUUCUUUUGAGAUAUUGCACUCAAUUCAAGUCUAAGCACAAGAUAUUCUGUGGGUCCUGACAGAUACGGAAAUUUCUAUUGUGGUCAAUGGUGGCACUGGGUGAAAAUUGCUUUAAUAAACCUGGCACUGAAUGAGUUAAAAUUGAUGGCAUGACUGCAGUGGAAAGUGAAGACCUGUCAUGUGUUUUUAUGCACAGAAUUAAAGUUUCAUCUGUUUUAGAAACUUGAACACACAUUUCAUACAAAACAGUUGCAUAAAUACUCAAUGAAUGUUUGAUGUUGUUGGUUAUAUUUCCUAAAAUGUUUUCAAAUGUAGUUUUACCGCCAACAUUUCUGCUCUGAACGUGGUUUCACAGAUCACCAUGAAGCGGCGCUCAGUCCUCUAUGUGGUCAACUUCAUCCUGCCCAUCCUCUUCUUCUUGGGUCUGGAUUUGGCCUCCUUCCUUAUCUCAGAGAACAGAGGCGAGAAGCUCGGCUUCAAGGUCACCGUGCUGCUGGCUAUCACCGUGAUGCAGCUGAUUCUCAAUGAUAUUCUACCUUCUUCCUCUGACAGCAUUCCACUUAUAGGUGAAGCAGCUCAGUCUCACCUUUCCUGACGGGUCUUGAACAGAUUAUACGCACUAUAACGCUGCCGCCUCCUCUCCUCAGCUGUCUACUGUGUCGGGGUUUUUGGGAUGAUGAUGCUCAGCCUCUUGGAGACCAUUCUGGUGAUGUACCUGCAGGAUAAAGACAAUGUUUCCCCAGACAAAGACCAAAACCAGAGUGACAACUUUGGGGACAAAAGAGGAGAAACCCUCAGCUGCUUCCAAGGUUUGAUUCAGUUCAAUUUUCAGCAUAUUUGGAAAUAGAUAACUGUUGAAAUUGUGGAGCAGCGUAGAUGUUCCACCAGAUAUUUGGCAUGUCUUCAUUGUUUUUUAAAUCAGCACAACAUUGAACAUGCACUAACCUGUCCAAUGCAUCUUCACAGGUAUCAAUAAAUCUAUUUCCUGUGUGCGUCUUUUUAAUGUUUCCCCCACUGAGAUGCCCUCUGAGCUGGUGCCCUCUGAGCUGCUGCCCUUGGAAAAAGAGGUCAGGAUGAAGUUCACUUCUACAAAAUUUCAAAGUUUAAACCUCAUUCACACCAUGGACAGUAUAAUAAACAGAGAGCAAAGUUAUAAGGCCUAUUUUCUAAUUUAACCUACAAACAGAUCAUUUCUCCAACAGAAUCAGAACAACAAUCUGAGCAGCACCAUGUUUUAGGUGUUUUGCUGGUCAUGACUUGUUGACUCAUAAUCAGCCAAAACUUUCCUAAAUUAAUUUUUCAAAGAGAAGAAGUAACCCACUCAAAAAUCAUAACUUUGAUUAACAGUUUGAAACUACUUUUUUCUUUUUCAGGGUAGCAGGAGUCAGCUGACCGAGGAGUCUCCUGACUCUGAGAAGAUUUACAGCGAGCUGAGCGAGGUUUUAAAAGCGCUGACUCAGCUCCUCGGCAGCAAGAAGGAGGAAGUAGAGCUCGGCUACUGGACCAGGAUGACAAGAAGAAUCGACAGAAUUUACUUCAUUAUUUACAUCAUCACUGCAAGUCUGUUUUUGGGUGUUCUGUUUCCACACUGGCUUGCUAAAGAAAAUUAGUGCUGGUACAACCCCAAUACUGAAAAAAAACUAGAUUGAGGGUAUGUAACCCCACAUUUAAAGUCCUGGUUGACGAUCUGAGAAGCAGUUGAAAAAACUGAGCCAUUGAGGCAGAUUUGAAAAAGUGUCCCACCCCCCCACACACAAACCUCUCCCCUCUGUGCUCCACGAUACCCCCCCCUUUCUCCAACGCUCGAAGGAUGACCCAAUGUUUAUUCCAGUUAGAUUCCUCGCUUGGUCACAUUUCCUCUUCAACUCCGCCCUUUCUUCUGUCAGUUUGCGUUUUCUUCCCACUUUUGGCAGUGGGGCGAGCAGAAGUGUUUAUUUGUGUCCUUCUCCAUCACAGCUCCUGUAGCUAAGCUGCUACGCUACUUUUAGCCGCUCAGAGCUCUGAGGAGGGCUGGGAGAGUGGGAGGGGAUGAGUCAGAACUACGAGAGAGGGGUGUGUUGAAUACAGCAAGGUGAUUGGAUGGAGAGGCAGAGCAGGAGAUUGACCAAAAGGAGCUGUCCAGGACGGACGGCUCCCAUUGGUCAUAGUUUUUGCAGCCCUGCACCUGAUAGGGUGAACAGAUUUUUCCCAAUUUUUUUUAUUCACUUUGCGGAGAUCGCACUGUAGGACCAUGAUCGCCAUAGAAGCGAGGUUCAUAAUAAUUAACAAUCUCUCCAAUUGUCAACCAUGCCUUUAAUGGAAAAUAGUGAAAAGCUGAUUUGUAACCAUUAUUUAGUGUUGAUGCUAAAAAUUAUAUUCCAUUCAUUUAAAGAUAAAUUACCUCAGAUAUUUCUAACAUUGCCAAACCAAUUAGCACAAAUUACAACAGCAUGGCUCUGUAGUAGAAGAGUCCUGCUGCUAAACUGGCCUGCCUGCAGUCCUGACUUCAGACCCAUAAAAAGAACUUCAAACAGAAAAUCUAUUGUGUCUCAAAAACAGGUGGAAAAAAACAACAGCAACCCAAAUCCAUGGUCUCUUAUAACUGGCUAAAAUAGAAAGCCCAGAAUGGAUUGGUGAGACCUAUCACAUUUUUACAGCGUACAUAGCAAGCUGCCAUACUUGGCUGAAAGGCUGAGAGUGAGGAGAGUAUCAAACAGACAAAACUGUCGCCUGAAGAUGGUCAAUCGUAGCCUGACACUGACUCCUCUCUGAAUGAAUGUGUUUCAACCAAAAUCACAUGAUGAUUAUUGUGUUAGAUAAUCCAGCUGUAUAAAGGCAUGCUUAUUCACCCUGAGUGUAUCUGUAUUCAUGUUUACACCUGCCUUCUGUGCAAAAUUACUGUAUCCUCCUGCAUUGUGAACAACUUAAUGAUAGACUGAAAGCAGAAUUCAGGCUCUGCAAACACAAAGGCUGCACAACACAUCUCCAAUUUCAUCUCCAUGACAUUGUGAACAGGCGACAAAUUAUUACACAUGCGCCACGCCUCUUUUUAAUAAGAGCUAGGGUAGCAAUCGGCUUCAUUCAGUUUGGUUUGUUAAGUCAACGGUGACCAAAACCGGAGGUGAUGGGGAAGUACUUUGUGUGCAUGUAGUCAGAUAUUCAGAUGAACAGCUGCUGUGUAAAAACAAAGAGCAGACUGAGACAGGAACUUUGUUUUAACUAAUAUGCAUGCUUUAAUAAGUAUAUAUCAACUGUGCAUGUAUCUCUUUACAGACAUAUGUAUUUCUAACUUUGUUAUUGAUUUAUGUAUGUUGUAUGUCGUAUUGUCUUUUACAGUACCGACCGUAAUGUUGUUGAGCAUGUAUUUGUAGGUUAAAACCUGAAAUCUGUUUAAAAGUCCUGUUGUGGAGUCCCUAUUCAUAAACAGCAUGAUAAAGCUCUUAAUACUGUAUGUAAUAUAAGUAAUUCUGGUACCUGCCGAUUAAACGGAUCUGUUUUAGACAAAAAUUAGACAUCAUGUGAUGGUUUUAAAAAGCAAUUUUGGUUCAUCUCCUUUUAAUCUUGAUAUCAUGUCAUGUUUGUGUGGUUUCUAAAUCAUAAUAAUAAAUAAAUAAAAGUUGUCUAUUGUGCUCAUGUUUGUGUUUUUCAUGUUAAAAAAGACAAGACAAAGAAAUACAGAUGCAAACCAAAGAAACACGGAUCAGAAGCCGAAAAAUUAAUUUUUAAAAAGGCCCCAGUGACAACAUCUCAAACCUGUAUCCCACUCUAUCUUGUUGCCAUGUACUGUCAAUAAAAACACUAAAACAAACCAAAAAUAUGAAGAAAAAGACAACAGGCAGACAGUUAAGCCCUUGCAUGAAUGCCUGAUGUAGUACCAGAUGUGUCAUAUGGGGGGAGCCGAAGAGCCAAGGAAAAAUAAAUUCACACAUAUAGUGACCUCUUCUUGAAACAACAGCAGUUCUGUCCUUUUGAGAGACCAUGACAACAUUUCUUUAUCAAGAAACACAAAAGAUCUUUACGAUGAGAAAUGUCCCCAUAGAAAAUAUUCUCCAGUACUUGGUCCUUAAAUGUACAGAAAACAAACGCAUCCCCCACAAACACACACACACACACACACACACACACACACACACACACAUUUGCAGGGUUUAGUUCUUGGACCUUUUCUUUUUCAACAUGCUUCCACUUAGUAACAUCUCACAUCACCAUGGCAACUAUCAAUUUGAUGCUGAUGACACUCGUCGUGCAUCUCAGUCUCAAAGCUCGCAGGUGAAAACAAAUGUCAGGUAUUAAGGAGUGAUUUCAUUCUGGUUUGAGUCUUAAAGGGACAUUAGAUUGUUUUAAAGGUGAAGUCACAUUAAAGGUGGGGUAGGCAGGAUUCCAUUAAAGAAGCAUCUUUAUUUGUGGUGUAUAUUUCCAAAAAUCUAUUAAUGUCAGUCAACAGUUUUUCGUCAUUGAUGACAUUUGGUAAUAUAACAAUAUCGCUGUGUUCUCUUAUGUCUGUGUAGUCAACAUUUUAAUUUUUAUGAGCGGCCCGCUCUUUCUGACUGUAAACAAAGCUAUUCUCCACCUCCCCCAACCUGAUUGGUUGUGAGGCGGACACUGUUCCCUCAUGUUGUGAGGCGGGCUCCACAUACUUGAAUAAUGUUCACGAGCCAAAACAAAGUUAGCGUGCUACAAUAUCGGACAGUAGAAACCAACCAGAAAGUUCGGAAAAUUGUCUGAAUCCUCCUUUGGCCACGACUGCCGACACAAGCAAGAAAACAAAGUAAAUACCGGAGACUCUGGCGGAGUAACGGGCGCUUAAAACGGAGGUAGACCGGACAAGAGCUAAAAAGCCGGGUCAACAUAAACGAUGGGGGACGCUUGGGGAUCUUGGUGACCCUGUAACCUUUCUGCUGGACAGGUAAACCGCUUUAACAAAGUAAGACAAGUGUCUGUAACAGAAGUGUUUCUUGUCAAACGGACCUGCUGUAGCGUGUUGUAGCGCCAUCGCUAAACUGUCCUCCCUCGGGUCCUGGACUAUGUCACUUUAUCCUCGUUGUAGAAGUCCUGCAAACAUUGUGUUUGCUGGUAGUCUGUUGGCAUCUACAGUAGCACCAAUGCUUUUGACUUUCACCUUGACUGGGCCCCAUUUGUAAUGAUCUGAAGUAUUUAUCUGCAUUAUAUCUGAAUUUAAUUGGAACGAUACGAGCGAGCAGGAGCGUCUGUUUGUGGGCGGGGCUUGCUGGAGCACAGAGGGAGGGGAGAGGAGGAGCUGAGAGGAAAUCUCGAGCCGAACCGGACUGAUGUUAGACAGUCUGAGACUGAAAUAGAGAGAGAGAGAGGUGAGUUCAGAGACUCAGCUCCUCAUUGUGCUUCAUGGGCCUUGUAGUUUUUAUAGGUCCCAUAUUAUAGUCCUUUUCAGCAGGUUCACAUAGGUCUCAGAGGUCCCAGAACAGACUGUUUUUUUAGUUAGUUUUCUAACUGACUCACUUAGGCCUUUGUAUUCCUUUCGGAACAUAGGCCACUGAUGAAUCGCUUCCACCCUCUUCUGUCUUGGGCCAUCCUCUCUAGCUGUUUCCACGUCAGUCCCUUCUCUUUCACUUCUUGUUCUGUACUCCUUCUCCAAGUGUUUCUGGGUCUUCCUCUGUUCCGCUUGCCUUGUGGGUUCCAUGUUAGUGCCUGUUUGGUUAUUGCAGUUUUGUCUUUCCUGAGUAUGUGACCAAUCCAGCUCCACUUUCUCCUUAACAGCUGUACCUCUAUUUUUUCUUGGUUGGUGCUUUCCUACAAGUUAGUUAGUUUUCUAAACACCCAGUUUUUUCCUGGACUUCAGCCAGCCUGAAAACUCUCUCUAGUGGGCUCUACCGAGAACACGCUGUUUCUUUGUGCUGCGCCUGUCCACAUCUCCCUCAGCGCAAGCCACGCCCCUCCCUGUCGCUCUGGAAAAGGAAGUUUGGGCCUGUGCUACGGUAACAAACGCUAAUGUUUAUACAGAGUGCUAGGUAUGGCUCGUAGAAGCGCUGUGGUCCAGCCAUACCAGUCUGACCCAGAAGGAGAGACUCCUGAAAUCCAACUCUGUGUCUGCAGCAGGACGUUUCUGAACGGUUAGUUACAAAUAUUAAGUGUCUCCAUAUUUUACUUUUUACUUUGUUCGUGUGUUGGUACACAGUGACUUACAUGUAGCUAGCUAACAUUAGCUCCUGCUAACAGUUACAUCUUCGCUGUCUUCUCCUUACUUGGAGCUCUUCUGGUGAAUGCGUGAUAUUGUAAGUAUAGUUAUCUCUCAUGACUAUGUACUUGCAGUCUAAUGAAACAGACUCCUGUGCUGAAAACAACAGAGCAACUGUCGUGUCUUGAUCGUACCUUUGCCAUUUUACGAGGGCGAAAAAUAGUGUCAGAGUUGAAAUUUUCGGGAGGCGGAACAAACGUCUUGGGCAGGGUCACCAACCUAGAGGGGAGUUAUCCCUGUUCAUGACGUCAUGGAAGGCAAAUGUUCAAAUUCCCCCGUUUGAGCAACAGCUGUGAAGAUAAAGUCAGAAGUUUGUUGAGAUAAUGUGAGAAUCUGUUCUGGGAAACUUCUAGAAGUCUUUCUAAUGUUGUGACCACAUUAUUCCUCGAAAAAGCUCUAAUGUUUCUUACAAUACUCAGCUGCCGCAGAGGAGGAAGUUUAGAGUGAACCACUUUGUUUUAACAUGACGAUUGAUCUGCCCACAUAUGGCUAAGUGUUGAGGUUGAUGCCAUUUCAGAUUUGUUUUCUAUCACUGAGCUAAUGAGAUAUGAAGGGGAGGGGUCAUGAAGAAAACAAAGUUGGGUUUACCAAAUAUGCUCUGCCCUCUUCCAGUAACUUCCAAUGAUAUAUAAACUUCAACUUCUGUGUGCAGAGAGUGUAGAGACCGGGAUCCUGACCGUCUGUGCAGAUAUUCACCGUCAUGAUGUUUGCAGAUUUCUUCUUCUUUCUUCUCCUCCUCACAGGUAAGCUGGCUCAGUCCUGUACAAUACAAGUUUGACUUUUACUGCUGUGUGUAUUAAUUAUUAUUAUUAUUAUUAUUAUUAAAAUAUCAUGCAUGUCAGUGGUGUUCUCAGGCUCCUCCUGUGAGCCAUGGUGCAUUAAAGGGAACGCUAAAUAGUUCUGCAGUAAUUUGUCAAAACUUUAAAAGGUUUUUGUUGCAUUAAGAGUCGACUGAACAUGAAGUAUGAUUGUUUUUAUCCUGUCAGCUUUUGAAGGGAUCAACUUGAACUUUGAAGUUUUUCAAACUAAUUUCUUAAAAUCAUGAGGGAUUUUGAUCGUCUGGUGAAUUUUUCUGCUGUAAUUGGAGGUGAAAUCUUAAUUUUUAAGAGUAGACACGAAACUAUCUAUGAUUAUUUUGUUGUCACCAGAAACACAAUACCACCUUCUGCACCAUGUACGUCACUUUAAUGGAACCUUUACAUGUUUUUAUCCCUCGAGGGGCAUUAGGAGGGUUUUUAUUUGCAAUGGUUAAAUCUAGUGUAUAAUGGUGCUCUGCAGAUAAACUAAACUCAAAAUAUAAAACUUAUAUCAAAGCCUAUUUGAUUAUAAGAAUGAUUCUGUGCAGGGGAGAAGAUGCACAUGUAUGAAUAGUUAACAUUUACCGUAUAUACGUGUGUGUGCUCCUUAUUUUAGGUGGAAGUACAGACGAGUCUUCCAAUCAUUCUUACUAUGAAGAGAGUUACGAUCAACAAUCCACACCAGGUAUGAACAGGAACUAAAUCACUCUUUACUACUCAUGGCUGCCUCUGUAUCAAAUUAUGGAUUAAAUUAUAGAGCAAGCUUCAUUAUGGAGGUGCAGGUGGAGAGCAGGAGGAGGCAGAUAUGUGCAUAUUUGUGUGUCUGAAAAGCCAAGGGACAGACUGAGCUCUACAGCGGAGAAGCUGUUGUACUCAUCAAGCUCACUAUACAGUGACAUCAGUCAGUAUCAUAAUAAAGAGUUUUAUUUUAAAGCUCUGCAAAUGCAUGUAAUACAGAUGCCAGUUUGACAGUAAUCAUCAAUCAGGAUCUUGAUAUCGUUGGAAAAAUAAUCAUGAUUCUGAUUCUCGCUAAGAUGGUUAGCGAGAGAUAGAUACAUAUAUAUGUGUAUAUAUACAUAUACAUACAUAUAUAUAUAUAUAUAUAUAUAUAUAUAUAUAUAUAUAUAUAUAGACACACACACAUAGAUAUGUAUACAAACACACACACGCAUAAAUAAGAGACGGUAUGAAGUUCGUAUUGUCUAUUUAAUUAAAGGGAAUUCUGAAUAUUUCUGCAGUAUUUUGUAAAAAGUUUUUGUUGCGUGAAGAGUCGACUGAACAUGAAGUAUGACUGUUUUUAUUCUUAGGCCUUUGAGGGGAUUAAAGUUUUUCAACAUAAUUUUUCUUAAAAUCAUGAGGGAUUUUGAUCAUCUGGUGAAUAUUUCUGCAGCAAUUCGUGGUGAAAUCUUAAUUUUUAACGGAACCAUGUAUGAUUAUUUUGUUGUCACCAGAAAAACAAAGCCACCUUCUGCACCAUGUACGUCACUUUAAUGGAACCUCGACAUGCUUUUAUCCCUCGAGGGGCAUUAGGAGGGUUUUUAUUUGCAAUCUGGUUAAAUCUAGUGUAUAAUGAGGCUCUGCAGAUAAACUGAAAAUAUAAAACUUACCACUAAGCCUAUUUGAUUAUAAGAAUGAUUCUGUGCAAGGGGAAGAUGUACAUGCAUGAAUCAUUAACAUUUACCAUAUAUAUGUGUGUGUGCUCCUUAUUUUAGGUGGAAGUACCAACGUGUCUUCCAAUCAUUCUUCCUAUGAAGAGAGUUAUGAUCAACAAUCCACACAAGGUAUGAACAGGAACUAAAUCACUCUUUACUACUCAUGGCUGCCUCUGUAUCAAAUUAUGGAUUAAAUUAUGGAGUGAGCUUCAUUAUGGGGGUGCAGGUGGAGAGCAGGAGGAGGCAGAUAUGUGCAUAUUUGUGUGUCUGAAAAGCCAAGGGACAGACUGAGCUCUAUGGCAGAGAAGCUGUUGUACUCAUCAGCAUUAAAGUGUGUCAACAAGCUCACUAUACAGUGACAUCAGUCAGUAUCAUAAUAAAGUGUUUUAUUUUAAAGUUCUGUGAACGCAUGAAAUACAGAUGCCAGUUUGACAGUAAUUAUCGACCAGGAUCUUGAAGUUGUUGGAAAAAUAAUCAUGAUUUUGAUUCUCACUUAGACGGUUAGCGAGAUAUAUAUGUAUAUAUACUGUAUGUAUAUAUCAGUAACGGCUGCUGGUCUUUCAAGGAGGGGAAGCUCAUUUUUCUGGCCUACAUCAUAAUUGUAUUUGUUUAUUAGUAUGUAACAGAACAGAGUCGCCAAACACAACGGCAGUCAUUUUUAACAAAGACAAAAGUCGCUGAGGAUCGGUAAAGUCUCUGGAGCAGUUAAGAACAACGGAAUGAAUGACUUGGAAAAUGCUCUGGUAGAUGUUUUAUUCUUCAAGAUCGCUGAUUCGCUUGUUUAGCUGUCAAUCAAAAAAGGAUUUCGCCUCAGACAGCUCAUCCAAUCAUGGAUGCAGAAGCUCGGAGUCCGGGAGAAAGUCGGGACCGCCCUCUCGCCGUAGAACUCCAGAGAAGCUGAGCGUCCCAUGGGCGGGACAAAGCCCAGCAUUUAUCCAAUGAGCGUCUAGUUUCGCUGCUGGAACAACCCACUUUGAGCUUCCACAUUGAAGUCAGCAGAAGCCCAGCGUCCGGCUGUUUAAAGCGCUGAGGCGCUGCAAGGAUGAAUGAGAACGAAGUCAUGCCGGUUACCUGUGAUUAUCAGCUUCUUAUCACAGUGUCUGAACAAAAGUUGAAGGCUUUCUAGUGCGUAUUUAGUUAAUGAAAUGUACACACAGCAGUACGUACUUCACCACUUUUUCUUUUUUUUGGGGGGUGACAUUUCAAGGGAAGCCGAGCUUCCCUUGCAGUCUUAGAGCAAUCGCCACUGGUAUAUACAUACAUAUAUAUAUAUAUAUAUAUAUAUAUAUAUAUAUAUAUAUAUAUAUAUAUGUACACACAAACACACACACAUAGAUAUGUAUACACACACACACACACAUAAAUAAGAGAAGGUAUGAAGUUGCUAUUGUCAAUUUAAUUAAAGGGAAUUCUGAAUAUUUCUGCAGUAUUUUGUUGCAUUAAGAGUCGACUGAACAUGCAGUAUGAUUGUUUUUAUUCUUACAGCCUUUGAGGAGAUUUAAGUUUUUCAACAUAAUUUUUUUUUAAAUCAUGAGGGAUUUUGAUCAUCUGGUGAAUAUUUGUGCUGUAAUUGGUGGUGAAAUCUUAAUUUUUAAGAAUAGACACGAAACUAUCUAUGAUUAUUUUGUUGUCACCAGAAACACAACACCACCUUCUGCACCAUGUACGUCACUUUAAUGGAACCUUGACAUUUUUUUAUCCCUCGAGGGGCAUUAGGAGGGUUUUUAUUUGCAAUCUGGUUAAAUCUAGUGUAUAAUGGUGCUCUGCAGAUAAACUAAACUCAAAAUAUAAAACCUACCACAAAGCCUAUUUGAUCAUAAAAAUGAUUCUGUGCAGGAGAGAAGAUGCACAUGUAUGAAUCAUUAACAUUUACCGUAUAUACGUGUGUGUGCUCCUUAUUUUAGGUGGAAGUACCAACGUGUCUUCCAAUCAUUCUUCCUAUGAAGAGAGUUAUGAUCAACAAUCCACACAAGGUAUGAACAGGAACUAAAUCACUCUUUACUACUCAUGGCUGCCUCUGUAUCAAAUUAUGGAUUAAAUUAUGGAGUGAGCUUCAUUAUGGAGGUGCAGGCGGAGAGCAGGAGGAGGCAGAUAUGUGCAUAUUUGUGUGUCUGAAAAGCCAAGGGACAGACUGAGCACUAUGGCAGAGAAGCUGUUGUACUCAUCAGCAUUAAAGUGUGUUAACAAGCUCACUAUACAGUGACAUCAGUCAGUAUCAUAAUAAAGUGUUUUAUUUCAAAGCUCUGUGAAUGCAUGAAAUACAGAUGCCAGUUUGACAGUAAUCAUCAAUCAGGAUCAUGAUGUCGUUGAAAAAAUAAUCAUGAUUCUGAUUCUUGCUAAGAAGGUUCAGUUAGUUUUUUUAUAAGCUGCUUUUAUUCAUGUGAGACUGAGAUAGACUAAAAUAUGGGCUCAAACUAAUUUAUUUGUAUUUUAUUUCUUUUCAGUUUCACUUUAUUCAAUAAGAAAUUUUACCACUGAGAUGCCUGUCUGUCUUUUUUUCUGUGUGUCUUAGUCUCAUAAUUUGUGUAUCAACGAUAAAUACAAGAAGAUAAGUUGAAUGUCGCUCUAAUUGAUCACGAUAACAUUUGGUCAUUUCUUGAACUCUCUUGUGAUAACUGUAUUUGUUGUUUUCACUGUAGAUCAAAAUUCCUCUGACUGCUCUUAUAUUAAUCUUCUGAACCACCUGAAUCUGACCGACAAAGUCAAGUUCUCCAUGACUCGGCCUACCCGUAACCACAGUGUGCCCACAGAGGUGUAUCUAUUUGUACAUCUAUAUGCUAUUCUGGAUGUGGUAAGGGUUUUUAGAUAUAUUAUAUAACAUCAUUCCUCUGUUAAGAAAAGCUGUCAGCUUUUUACAACAUAAACUUUCAGUUGAUUAGAAACUGGAAGCUCUGACCUUGUUUAUUGAUUCACUUUUAAUCUUGAACAUCAGUUUUAAAAACACCAUAUCAGCUAGUCUGCUGCCCCCUCAAAUCAAAUUUUUAAUAGUGGAAAAUCCACAGGAAAAAGCACAAGUUAAUUAUCAGCCCCUGCUCAUCUCCCAUCCCUUCAUCUCCAUACAGCGUGUGUCUUCACACAUCCUGCAGUCAGAGAUCGUCUCCCCUGUCCCUCCCUCCCCAUCCGUAAACAUUCAAUCACUGUUCAGUAUGCAAAUGAGCCAAGAUGCACUGACGCAGCCUGAGACUGUGGUGUCAGGUUUCAAGACAGAGCGAGAGACUUUGAGGAAGCAGCAAAACUCCACCAAACUCGUCGUAGCGACCCGUGAGAUAACUAAUAAUUAGCAAGAACUAAAACAAAAGUUAAGAGUCUGCUGUUUUUUACCCAGUGGGAGCGUUUCUCAAGUCACAAGCACAGAGUAGAAUAGUGGAACUGCAGAGUGGAGAGAAAGAAGAGUGGAAUGGAGAGAAAAAAUGGUAAGUAGGAGAGAAAGUAGGAGAUUUUAGUCAUUAAGUCGCUAAUAAAUAAAUAAAGAAAACCCAAAAGAGAAGACGAAAAAAAAAGAAAAAUGUUAUGUACACUACAGGCCAAAAGUUUGGAAGCAAGAUCAGAUUUGUACAGAAAAAGAUCAUAGUUUCAUAAUUUUCAACACAAUAAACAUGACUAUUGUGUAAAGAGUAACUUAUCAGAAGACAUUUUGACUGUAAUUAUUAGGUAUUUGAGUUAUUGUUGCUUAGACUCUGUCUGACUCUGUAUUUCAGCUGGGGUAAAUGUUUUGUGGUACAGAGCUAAGGUAUGGUAGUUGACAUUAAAGUCCUUUAUUGUACUCCAGAUUGAUUUAUUAGCGAGGGUCACCUGUCUGCCCGCCCUCAGCAUCAUGUUAGGCACUGCACUGCCUUGCUCUAUUUUUCUUUUGUAAUUCCUGACCAUGUCUUCUCUCUUUCUCCUCUCCUUUAAACCACUCUGUUCUCUGUAAAAAUCAAGUCAAAGUUUCAAUAUGACAACUGCUGAUAAGCAGACUCUCUAUUUUAAUUUUAAUCCCUUCUAAACAUGUGGUAACUAACCCCAAAAUGACUGAGACAUUGUGCCCCAAACUACCAUGUUUGCUAAUUCUAGCUCUAGAUUAAAGUUAUCUUAAAACAGAACAAUGACUGAGGUGUGACAGGAUGUCUUUAUCUCUCCUCUAACAAGUCCAAAUGUUUCACUGCUAGGAUUUUUAUCUGGAAGAAGCUUAUUUAAAAAUUUAUAAAGUGAAUAUUUUUUACUUUGGGUUUUGUGAAAUGGUUUAUUGGUGCUCAUCUCAGCUCACAAUGCGCGCUUCUCUUCUCAGACAGGACACAACCCCUGACCAUGUAAAGGAAGAAAACUAGUAUUCCACUUUUUAGUUGUGCCCUCUGGUGGCAAAGAUAAUUGCAUUGUGACAACUUAUCUGUGUGACAACAAGCCCCGGUCUCCCCUAUUUGAGAAUUAGGCCAUCCAUUUAAGAUAAAUGCACCACAUGAACAUAACACAAGAGGAGAGUCAUGUGAGGCCCGGGGUAUUUAGAGGUGGAGUUGGUGGUCAGUUCGGUUGGCAGGUGGCCGCGGGGUGGGGCGGGGCCCUGUGGGGUGCCCCACGGGCGUCCCACCACAGUGGAUGUGGGUGCUGGUCGGCCUGCUUUUUGGAGGUGCAGGAUUUUAUUUUUGUACAAAAUCGUGCAGCCCUACUUGCUACUUCUCUUUGUUUUAUCUUUCUUUAUCUUUUCUUUUAUCUUAUUUCAAGUCCAUUUUCCUGGACUUGGAAUAAAAGCCCAAAUAAUAUUUUUGCACCUUCAUUUUUUUAUUUUCUACACUUUGUCAUUUUCUUCAAACAGCCUUUCUGUUAUAGGUCAGCACACAUUUGUUAAUAAUUUCAUAGAAGUAACUCAUAAACUUUAGAAAAACUCAUUUCAUCCUCUCAGACAAUAAUGGAUGAAUAGAAAUGUACAAUUAUGAGGACACAGUGCUGAUUUUUCACUCUGUGUGAAGAAAAUCAGUGUCAUCGGAGAGACUUACUGAAAUCUACCAAAUAGGCUCAUAUUAGGGUCUGAUCUGUUGCUCAUGUUAAUAAUAUACAAAUAUGAAAAUAAGUAAAAUGAUCUUUGAGAGGAUGUGUCUUUUUUCUUGCAGAGCGAAAAAGAGCAGAAAUUUGUCGCUUACAUUUGGAUAUACAUGGUGAGUAAAAAAAGACAACAUCUCUGCUUGACUGACCAUCUCUCUCCUCAACGGAGGACAAAGUUAAAUUUGUUAACAUCUUUUUUUCUCUCUUGUCAUUCUUUAUAGUGGUGGCACAAUGACUUUAUCUCAUGGGAUAAAAGUAAUUUCUGCGAUAUUUACGCUGUUGCUGUUCCAAGUGAACUUUUAUGGAAGCCCGAUAUCAUCAUCGAAGAGAUGUAAGUUUGACUUUGACUGCAUGUUCCUACAUUCACAUCUCCUUCACUUUGAAGUUCAGAUAUAACAGUAGUACAGAGAACUGGGCGUUAUCUUGUUUUUGUAUUUAUCACCUGUCCUUUUGUGUUAAAUACUUGAGUCUGAUUGGUCCAAGCAUCUUGAAAUAAAGUGCUGCUUUUCUUACAGGACGGAGAAAGACCGGGCCAAUAAGACUCCGUACCUCAAAAUUUAUUCUUACGGCGAUGUAGUUUACAAAAAAGGUAUGGUGAUGGUUAGCACCUGCAGGAUGCAGUUUUACAGGUUUCCUCUGGACACUCAGGUGUGUCACCUCACCUUUAAGUCAAUCACACUCUAUGGUGAGUAUCAGUGAAUUUGAAUGCAGCUUUGUUCUCAAUCAAACAGGCUAAAACGUGUUUUUUUUGUAUCUCCAAUCUCAGAUCAUGAGUUAAAGAUUGAUCUUGAAGGUAGUAAAAAGACGUUCCAUGAUGAAAAGGUGCAUGCUGAAACCAAAGCUGAAACUGAUUGGAGUUUAAAGAAUAUGUCGUGUCACAAGAAAGAGCACCAGCACAUUUGCACAGUAAGUACCACCUGACCUCUAGGGGGCAGUAUUUUUUGUCUCGAGUCUGUGUUUUAAUAUUGGCGGAGAGUGAAGACCUGUUUCUUUUUCUUUAUGUCCACAGAAUUAAAGUUUCGUCUGUUUUAGAAACUUGAACACAUAUUUCAUACAAAACAGUUGCAUAAAUACUCAAUGAAUGUUUGAUGUUGUUGGUUAUAUUUCCUAACACGUUUUCAAAUGGAGUUUUAGCGCCAACUUUUCUGCUCUGAACGUGGUUUCACAGAUCACCAUGGAGAGGCAGUCAGUCCUCUAUGUGGUCAACUUCAUCCUGCCCAUCCUCUUCUUCUUGGGUCUGGACUUGGCCUCCUUCCUGAUCUCAGAGAGCAGAGGCGAGAAGCUCAGCUUCAAGGUCACCGUGCUGCUGGCUAUCACCGUGAUGCAGCUGAUUCUCAAUGAUAUUCUACCUUCUUCCUCUGACGGCAUUCCACUUAUAGGUGAAGCAGCUCUGUCUCACCUUUCCUGAAGGGUCUUGAACAGAUUAUACGCACAAUAACGCUGCCGCCUCCUCUCCUCAGCUGUCUACUGUGUCGGGGUUUUUGGGAUGAUGAUGCUCAGCCUCUUGGAGACCAUUCUGGUGAUGUACCUGAUGGAUAAAGACAAUGUUUCCUCAGACAAAGACCAAAACCUGUGUGACCACUGUGGGGACAAACGAGGAGAAACCCUCAGCUGCUUCCAAGGUUUGAUUCAGUUCGAUAAGCAGCAUAAUUUUCAGCAUAUUUGGAAAAAGAUAACUGUUUGUGGAGCAGCGUAGAUGUUCCACCAGAUAUUUGGCAUGUCUUCAUUGUUUUUUAAAUCAGCACAACAUUAAACAUGCACUAACCUGUCCAAUGCAUCUUCACAGGUAUCAAUAAAUCAGUUUCCUGUGUGCGUAUUUUUAAUGUUUCCCCCGCUGAGAUGCCCUCUGAGCUGGUGCCCUCUGAGCUGCUGCCCUUGGAAAAAGAGGUCAGGAUAAAGUUCACUUCUCCAAAAUUUCAAAGUUUAAACCUCGUCCACACCAUGGACAGUUUAACAAACAGAGAGCAAAGGCCUAUCUCCUAAUUUAACCUACAAACAGAUCAUUUCUCUAACAGAAUCAGAACAACAAUCUGAGCAGCACCAUGCUUUAGGUGUUUUGCUGGUCAUGACUUGUUGACUCAUAAUCAGCCAAAACUUAAUCUUUAAGUUAGUUCAUCUUUCAAAGAAGUAACCCACUCAAAAAUCAUAACUUUGAUUAACAGUUUGAAACUACUUUUUUCUUUUUCAGGGUAGCAGGAGUCAGCUGACUGAGGAGUCUCAUGACUCUGAGAAGAUUUACAGCGAGCUGAGCGAGGUGUUAAAAGCGCUGACUCAGCUCCUCGGCAGCAAGAAGGAGGAAGUAGAGCUAGGCUACUGGACCAGGAUGACGAGAAGAAUCGACAGAAUUUACUUCAUUAUUUACAUCAUUACUGUAAGUCUGUUUUUGGGUGUUCUGUUUCCACACUGGCUUGCUAAAGAAAAUUAGUGCUGGUGCAGGUACAACCCCAAUGCUGGAAAAAAAAGUUAGCACACGGUGUGAAAUAGUUAAAAACCUAGAUUGAGGGUAUGUAACCCUACAUUUAAAGUCCUGGUUGACGAUCUAAGAAGCAGUUGAAAAAACUGAGCUGUUGAGGCAAAUUAGAAAAAAGUGUCGCACCCCCCCACACACAAACCUCUCCCCUCUGUGCUCCACGAUACCCCCCCUUUCUCCAACGCUCGAAGGAUGACCCAAUGUUUAUUCCAGUUAGAUUCCUCACUUGGUCACAUUUCCUCUUCAACUCCGCCCUUUCUUCUGUCAGUUUGCAUUUUCUUCCCACUUUUGGCAGUGGGGCGAGCAGAACUGUUUAUUUGUGUCCUUCUCCAUCACAGCUCCUGUAG